AUGGCGAGCAAGGUCGAUCGUAUCGUCGCGAGGCUUCAGGAGCGCAUCGCGGAUGGCGACUACUACGAGGCCCAGCAGCAGACGCGCGUCGCCGCCUCCCGCCACAUCAAGACGCAAAACUGGCCGGCCGCCAUCGACAUCCUCUCCCUCGUCGCCCAGUCGCUGCUCAAGGCCGGGCAGGGCGGCAGCGGCGGAGAUCUCUGCAUCAUGAUGGUCGACGUCUACAAGCAGGCCGAGCUGAAGCCGGACCCCGUCGCCAAGGGCCGUCUGCUCACCUGCUUGCGUCUCUUCAAGGCCGAGGAGCCGACUCGAAAGAAGUUUAUCGUCGAGAUGAUGGGAUGGUCGGCCAAGUUCGGCGAGUACCCGGCCGGCGACCCCGAGCUUCACCACGUCGCCGGAUCGCUCUACGCCGACGAGCACGAGACGUACGAGGCCGAACGCCACCUGCUGCUGGGAACCAAGGACUCGGCCAAGGUUCUUCUCGACAUGGAAUACGCGUGGUACAGGGAGGGAGACGCCCACCUCGCACCCCACUUCGCCGCCCGAGCCAUCCUGCCCUACCUCCUCGUCGGCAACGUCCGCGCCGCCAACGACUGCUACCGCCUCUUCGCGAGCACCCUGAGCGGCGACAACACCGGCCUCGGGGUGCAGGACGUGUCGAGCGCGAGCUCCGACAUUCGCAUCUUCCCGAGCUUGCCCCUCCUCAACUUCCUCGGCCUGCUGCUGCUCGCCAUCCGGCGAGGCGCCCCCGAGGUCUACAGGGGCCUCGUGGCCAAGUACGCGACGCAGCUCGGCGAGGUCGACGCCUGGGCCGAGCCGCUGGAGAUGAUUGCCGAGAUGUACUUUGACAUUGCCAAGCCGCGGCAGAGCAACCCGUUGAUGGACAUGAUGAACGGCUUCUUCGGGGGCGGCGGCAGCGGCGGCGGGCCGGCGCAGCAGAAGGCUCCGAGGCAAGGGCUGCGCGGCAUCGGCGGGCCGGCCGCCGCCGGGCUGGACUGA